GUUCGUGGUUGUUGGUUCUAUGGUCAAAUAAGUUCCAUAACAAGCUAUUUCACAUGGGCUUAUCUUGGUUGUAAAAUGACCAAAUGUUAUAAAAAAUUGAGUAAGGCUGGGAAUGGAGAAUUAGUAUGCGACAAGUGUGGGAUUCAAGUUGCUGAUGGAGAGGGUGUUUGGAGAUACAAUUUAAGACUCAAGGCUAACCAUAACAAUAAUUCUGCAAAUUUGGUUUUCUGGGAUGCUGUGAGCAAUCGUUUGAUUGGAAAAUCUGCUGGAGAUUUCCCCAGUCACUAUUAUGACAUGGAGAGGCUAUCACCUUCAGGCUGCCCAGAUGAAAUAAAAGAUUUGGUAGGUCGUGAGUUUGUCUUUAAACUUGACCGUCAAUCUGGCUCCCCUUUAAACGGAAAGAGUUAUUCAAUUGGUAUGGUCUCAACCGAUCAAGAUAAAAUUGAGGAGCUUAAGUCUGUUGGAGCCAAUCAGUCUGGGAGACAG